AUGGUUGCCCGCCUCUUCCGUCCCUCCUACUUGUUUGUUGACGUCACACAGAAGGCGGAAGUGGUGGUCGCGAAAACAAUAACGGCGAUGGCGGCGGUUGAGGAGCUCGGCGAUCCUUCGCUUGCGACGGCCUCCGCUGGCAUCUUAGAGGAUCCUGCUUCCACUGCAGCAGAAGAUGUGGCUGUACAGAAGAGAGAGGAGCGGCUUAGGAAGUUCAGAGAGCUUCAUUUGAAAAGGAAUGAAGCUCGCAAGUUAAAUCACCAGGAAGUUGUGGAGGAGGAUAAAAGACUGAAGUUGCCAGCAAACUGGGAAGCCAAAAAGGCCCGUUUAGAAUGGGAACUGAAGGUGGAGGAAAAGAAAAAGGAAUGCGUGGCAAAAGGAGAAGAUUAUGAAAGAGUGAAGCUGUUAGAAAUCAGCGCAGAGGAUGCAGAACGAUUUGAGAGGAAACGGAAAAAGAGAAAUCCAGACCUUGGAUUUUCAGAUUAUGCAGCUGCUCAGUUACGUCAGUAUCAGAGACUGACCAAGCAGAUCAAACCUGAUUUGGAGAAGUAUGCAAAGCAAAGAGAAGAAAGCGGUGAAGAGUUUUAUCCCACAUCAAACAGUCUUCUCCACGGAACUCACGUGCCUUGCAAAGAAGGGGUGGAUAGGAUGGUUGGGGAUCUUGAGAAACAAAUCCAGAAACGUGAGAAGUACAGCCGGAGGCGUUCUUACAACGAUGACGCAGAUAUCGACUACAUUAAUGAGAGGAACGCCAAGUUCAAUAAGAAGGCCGAAAGGUUCUAUGGCAAAUACACAGCAGAGAUCAAACAGAACUUGGAAAGAGGAACAGCUGUCUAGGCUUGAGUACAUGCAAGGC